AUGCGGCUGCUGGCAUGUUUGGUCCUCACAUCAAACAAAAUCCCGGAAAAUGAAGAGCUUGAAGCGGAAGAGUGGUGCAAACAUCUGUGUAUAGAAUGUUUAGGAACCAGACUUAAUGAUAUAAGUCUUGGUGAACCUGAUCUGCUUGCUGCUGGAGUUCAGAGAGAGCAAAAUGAGCGAUUCAACGUAUACCUUAUGCCUACACCAAAUUUAGAUAUCUAUGGGGAAUGUACAAUGCAGAUCACGCAUGAAAACAUUUAUCUCUGGGAUAUCCACAAUGCUAAAGUGAAGCUUGUCAUGUGGCCUCUAAGUUCUCUAAGGAGAUAUGGACGGGACUCAACAUGGUUCACAUUUGAAUCUGGAAGGAUGUGUGACACGGGAGAAGGGCUGUUCACCUUUCAGACAAGGGAAGGGGAGAUGAUCUAUCAGAAGGUCCAUUCUGCAACGCUGGCCAUAGCUGAGCAACAUGAAAGACUGGUGAUGGAGAUGGAACAGAAAGCACGGCUUCAGACCAGUUUGACUGAACCAAUGACGUUACCAAAAUCAAUCUCUCUUCCUCGCAGCGCAUACUGGCAUCACAUCACUCGACAGAACAGCAUGGGAGAAAUCUACAGUUUACAAGGUCACAGUCUUGGCUCAACAAAGGUGUCUCGUGCACAGACAUUUCCCAGCUACACCUCGGAGCAGAGCGAGGAGCAUGAGCAGCGCCUCUCACUGUCUAGCAGUUAUGGAUUCAGCUACAGCUCAGGCCUCCUCCAAUGA